AUGGAGGGAGAGGAGAGGAAAUGGGGCCCUGGGCAUCUGACUAAUCUCCAGAACGAGCUUAUCUGGGCACUGCUGGGCUCUGGACUGUCCCGGGAGGUCCUGGUCCAAGCACUGGAAGAACUUGAGCAAGAGAGGGUCACCCCUGGAGCAGAGAAGGGGGACAGGGGAGAUGGAGAGAGUUCGGAGGAGGGAGAAAUUGAUUUUCCACCCCCAAUAUUCCAGGAGCUGGAGGCACUACCCUCAGAGGAGGCAGCCAGAGAGAGGGCUCUGGUCGACCAACUGCUGCACUCCUGCUCCACUCCCCCCUUCCUGCCUCAAGCUCCUGCUCCACUCCCCCCUUCCGUCCUCAUCGUCCUGCUCCACUCCCCCCUUCCUGCCUCAUGCUCCUGCUCCACUCCCCCCUUCCUGCCUCAAGCUCCUGCUCCACUCCCCCCUUCCUGCCUCAAGCUCCUGCUCCACUCCCCCCUUCCGUCCUCAUCGUCCUGCUCCACUCCCCCCUUCCUGCCUCAUGCUCCUGCUCCACUCCCCCCUUCCGUCCUCAUGCUCCUGCUCCACUCCCCCCUUCCGUCCUCAUGCUCCUGCUCCACUCCCCCCUUCCGUCCUCAUGCUCCUGCUCCACUCCCCCCUUCCGUCCUCAUGCUCCUGCUCCACUCCCCACUUCCUCCCUCAUGCUCCUGCUCUACUCCCCCCUUCCUCCCUCAUUCUCGUGCUCCACUCCCCCCUUCCGUCCUCAUUCUCCUGCUCCACUCCCCCUUCCGUCCUCAUGCUCCUGCUCCACUCCCCCCUUCCGUCCUCAUGCUCCUGCUCCACUCCCCCCUUCCGUCCUCAUGCUCCUGCUCCACUCCCCCCUUCCGUCCUCAUGCUCCUGCUCCACUCCCCCCUUCCGUCCUCAUGCUCCUGCUCCACUCCCCCUUCCGUCCUCAUGCUCCUGCUCCACUCCCCCCUUCCGUCCUCAUGCUCCUGCUCCACUCCCCCCUUCCGUCCUCAUUCUCCUGCUCCACUCCCCCCAUCCGUCCUCAUGCUCCUGCUCCACUCCCCCCUUCCGUCCUCAUGCUCCUGCUCCACUCCCCCCUUCCGGCUGAGUGUCUCCAGAGGGGUGUGUCUUCGUCCCAGCUGGCUGGACUGGGCUCUAACCUGGUGACAGAGGUACGAGUGUACAACUGGUUUGCUAACCGCCGCAAGGAGGAGGCAUUCCGCCAUAAAUUGGCUCUCGAUACGCCUUACACCAGCCAAUCAGCAAACACCACCAACCACACUCUCGCACACAGCCCUGUGCAAGUUAUGAAGUACAGCCAGCAAAUCCCAUGUGACAGUCUGGGAUCAGCGAGGGGUCGCAGUGGAGACCGAGGCUUGGGAGGCCGCCUGGCCAGCCCCAUCCAACUUGAGCCCAGCCACACACUCCUGGAAACACACUAUCACAAACUAGUAUCAGGAGGUGGUCCACUGCCCCCAGUAAGCACCCUGACCUCACUGCACAGUCUGUCUGCCUCGCCUUCUCCCCCCCAGGGACUUAACAUGGCCUCCUUGCCCAGUGCCAUGAGUCUGGGAGAGUUCUCUCUCCUCAUAGGUCAAACAGUACCUGUCAUCAACAACGUGGGAGGCGGGUUCACCACCCUUCAGCCAAUCUCUUUCCAGCAGCAACUCACACAGCAGUUUCAGAAUCAUAUGGGCCACAGUCCUUUCAUGGCAACCAUGACAGGGCUUCCAUGUCACAUGUACAGCAAGUCCAGUAUGUCUCCCUACCCUCCGUCCAGCCUACUGUCCCAAGCCAUGGUUGUCACUGACAGCAGCAGCCUUGGAACACUGAUCAGUCUAAGCGCAGUCGGAGAGAUUCUGACAACAGACCCCGAAGAGGAGACAGAACAACCCUACGUUUACACUACCGCCACCGGCCUGUACCGUUGA